AUAAAUACAGCCCAACAGAUGAGCACAAAACCCUUCCAUCUCCGAAAGCGCCAGCGGUCUGCAAAGAGUAGAGCGAGCCGUCAGCCAACGAAGAAGCCGCCAUGGGAAAGGUUCACGGAUCUCUGGCUCGUGCCGGCAAGGUGAGAGGCCAAACACCCAAGGUCGCGAAGCAGGAGAAGAAGAAGAGGCCACGCGGCCGCGCCCACAAGAGGAUGCAGUACACCAGGCGUUUCGUCACCGCCGUUGUUGGCUUUGGCAAGAAGCGUGGGCCUAACUCAUCGGAGAAGUCAUAAAGAAGAGAAGUUUAUCUGCUGGAUCGAUGAGCAGUUUAGAUAGUCCGCUGUUGUUUCUUUUCUUUACAAGCAAACAUUUGCUCUUUUUCUCUGUUGUCAAGGAUGAAUUGAAUGUUAUGGUUUCAGACUUGUCAUGAUCUAUUUCUUACAUAGUGCUGUGAACAAGUUAGUAGCUGCUCUUUGAUUGAAAGCCAAGAGUAAUCCAUGUUUUUCACUAGCUGGUUAUGUUGAGCUCGCGCUACAUGGUUGUGAUACUGGUUUUAGUGUUUUGAAUCAUGUUGCAGCUUGCCUCUUCUUUCUCAAUGAGAAAUGCUCCAGGAGCAGGCUUCUUGGUGCUUCUUUUGGGUUGUUCCUAGUUUGUGAUUCAGUCGGUCUGGUACGAUACCAUAUCGCAAGCAGAUACCAAAUUCAGGUUGAAACUAACUCGAAUUGGC